UCCGUACCAAAAAAAAAAACCCAAAACUAUUCGCUCUUCCGUCCUCACUUCACUCUUCAAUCUUCACGCACGCCACUGCGGACCUCCACGUUUUCUCCAGCGCCAGUCGCCACCAUCUCCUCAGCUCCAGCUGCACUUCGGCAUCGGCAGCACUGACCCUACCCUCCGCCAGUCGCUAGUCGCCGACUCGCCACCUCCAGCGGCUAUCUCCUCACCUUUUUAACGUAACAAAGGUGAUUUUCUAAUUCUAGUGUAUUUCCAGCGGCAGCGCACUCCAUUAUUUGAACUAAAGAUGGCGAUUCUGCAGAGGCUAACUCAAAUCCCUCAAUUACCCAUUUCUUUCCAUUCGUUUCUGAUUUAUGCAGCUCCUUUUUGUACUCAUAUUCAUCUUCAUCCAUCUUCACAACCCAAAACUGAAGUCGAAAGAAUCGCCAAAAUCAUCAACGACCAUCCAUUUCCCGAUCAUCCCCUUCACCCCACUCUUCUUCACCACAUUCCAUCUCCUCUUCCUUCAAACACUUUCCUCAAUGACGUUCUUGGUCGCCUCUUCGCAGCCCAUUCCAAUGGCCUCAAGGCCUUGGAGCUCUUCAAAUUCUGCCUCCACCAUUCUCAACCUUCCCCAACUCCAGAUGCUUUCGAGAAGACGCUUCACAUUCUCGCCAGGAUGAGGUAUUUCGAUCAAUCAUGGGAGUUGAUGCGUGAGAUUCAACGAACUCACCCUUUUUUGCUUACUCUCAAGUCUAUGAGCAUCUUGAUUUCGAAGAUCGCGAAGUUUCAGUCAUUCGAAGAAACGAUAGAAGCGUUUCAUAGAAUGGAGAAUGAAGUGUUCGUUGGAAGGAAAUUUGGUAUCGAGGAAUUUAAUGUACUCCUUCGAGCUUUUUGCACUCAGAGACAGAUGAAAGAGGCACGAUCAGUGUUCCAGAAGAUGUAUUCUCGAUUUCCCCCAAAUACUAAAACCAUGAAUCUCUUGCUUUUAGGGUUUAAGGAAUCGAGCGAUGUUACUGCUGUUGAGCUUUUCUAUCAUGAGAUGAUCAGGAGAGGUUUCAAGCCAAAUGCUGUAACUUAUAGCAUUAGAAUUGAUGCAUAUUGCAAAAGGGGUUAUUUCGUGGAUGGUUUGAGAGUUUUUGAAGAAAUGGAGAGGGCAAAAUUAGAGCCUACAUUGGAAACAAUCACUACUCUUAUCCAUGGAGCAGGGGUAGCAAAGGAUAAAACCAAAGCACGCCAACUAUUUGAUGAAAUUACUCUGAGAAACUUGUGUCCUGACAUUGGGGCUUAUAAUGCUUUGAUAAGUUCCUUGAUUAGGUCUAAUGAUGUAAAGUCUGCAGCAGCUUUAAUGGAAGAUAUGGAGGCUAAACACAUCGGACAUGACAGUAUGACCUAUCAUAUGCUGUUCUCAGGCCUGAUGCGAUUGGAGGAUGUUGGUGGGUUUUAUGAGUUGUAUAGCAAAAUGAUACGGCAAAAUUUUGUGCCUAAAACUCGAACGGUAGUCAUGAUAAUGAAGUUUUUAUGCGAAAAUCGCCGAGUUGAUUUGGGUUUGGAUUUCUGGGGUUAUCUUGUAGAGAAGGGGUACUGUCCUCAUAGUCAUGUAUUGGAUCUGUUGGUGACAGGAUUAUGUGCCCGUGGAAUGGUCCUUCAAGCAUCUGAGUGCUCCAAACAAAUGUUGGAGAGAGGGAGACAAAUGAGUGAAGCAGCAUUUCUGAUCAUGAAGAGAACUCUUUUGCAGGCACAUGCAACAGACAAAUAUGGGGAACUUGAACAGUUGAGGAAUAAGCUUCAAACUGUUUUGCCCCCACCAAAGCAGCUUUCAUUUGAGAUUCCUGCAUCUUCAUAGACAAUUUAUGGAAGUAUUGCCAGAUUUCUUAAACGGAGAGAUGCCUGCACAUAAUGUAAGCCACUUCUCUCCAUUUCUGAAUAAUCAUGUGCACUGACCAUAACAGAAAUACUGUACCAUUAAAGCAGCCAUGGAUCCUCUAAAACUACGAGUAGCCAUGCCAUGGAAAUUUCCAUUGAUCGCAAGGAAGCUGCGGUCGAUUUAGAUGGCAUGGCCAGAUUACAAGCUCGAGACCUUGAAGACUUGGUUACUGUAACGAAGCCUGCUUAUUGUUGGCUCCCCUUAAGUGUCUCAUGGUCGAUUGCUGUAGUUGCCUUUGCUUACGGACGUGUUAGGCGAUCGCAUUAGUUCACAAGACUGUCCAUUUUCGGUGAUUGUAAUUUUGUUUAGGCCACAUUUACCCUAAUUGAAACUCAUCAACGGUAAAGCAAAAAGUGGGCAGUUGAUUAUGUUUGUUGUUGUUCAUCUAUAUUUCGUAAUCGUAAUGAAUUGUGAGAUCCGCCUCCAAAUCAGUAAUCAAAACACAUAAUCUAAUUGUGGAAUGGAAAUUAUUGCAUCUGAUUGUGUUUGAAAA